AUGAAGGUAUUUAAUAACCUGUUAGUAAUAAAUUCAACUUUAUGCACAAAACAUGGAGAUUACUCUGGGUAUUCGAUGUCUGCUAGUAAUGAAUUUAACUCCAAGGAUGUAUGGGGAUACUCUGACUUUAGUCUUUUAAGUUUUGAGAGUUUAUAUAUAGAAACGAAGUUGCUUACAAUGUGUAGGCCAUGCAGAGAUAGCAACUUUGCUAUAUUAUUUCUGAUGACACUUGCGAAAAUGGCAAUUAAACCUCUUAGUGAUAAAGAAAUUAAGGAUAAUAUAGGGGACUUGAAAAAGAAGCUUGCAGGAAGUACGACUUCACAUGCUAAAGAAAUACCAACUAACUUAUAA